UGGGCAUUACACUCAAGUAUCAGUGAAUUUCACAACGAUCAAGCAAUAGCAGCGUCAUACAUUUGUUAGUGGAUAAAAGAUAUUGCAAUAAUAUUUCCGCACGAUUUUUAAUAUUGAAUAAGUUUAUUAAACUCAUACACGGUCUAUUUCAUCAUGUUGUGGAAAAAGGAAUCGAAUAGUCCAAAUACAUUGUACGAGGAUUUGUUCGACCGUAAAACAAUAGCUAUGGUUGACAAAAUGUUUCCGAUGUCGAACCGAAAUCCAGUACCGAGAAAAAACGACGUAAUCUCACUUCAGAAGCGAAAAGAAGGGAACCGAUCAUUUGCCAAUGGCAAGUGGGCUGAAGCGAUUGAAAAGUACAAUGAAAGCUUGUGCUUUGCAACAACUGCAUCUGAACAUAUAAGUUUAGCAUAUGCAAAUCGUGCUUCAUGCUUUCUACACUUGAAGCUGUACAACGAAUGUCUCAUCGAUAUUGAUUUGGCUCGAAAAGCUGGUUACCCGGAACGUUUGAUGCCAAAACUAGAUCAACGUGAAGGUGAUUGUUUGAAGGGUCGUGAUGAUAGCAUACCACUUAACGAGUUCAAUCAGAAGCUAAGUUUCGAGCCGGAUGAAAAAAUCCCGUGCAUGGCCAAUGUUCUGAAGAUCGAGAAAAAUGAUGCGGGCAAAUUAUCGAUGGUGGCUAAAGACAACAUUGAUGUCGGACAAACGAUCAUAUUGGGAAAACCGUUCUGUGUCUAUUUGUACAGUCGUUUUGCUUGGAAAUGUAACAUCUGCCUAAAGGACAACACCAACUUGGUGUCAUGUAAAAAGUGUACAAAUGUAAUGUUUUGCUCUGAUGAAUGCCAAAGCAACGAUCUGCACAACCAUGAAUGCGGUUUGAAAUUUAUUGAUGACGGACAGCAAAAUGCCCAGUACCUGAACGAAAUACGCGUUCUUUUGUUGGCCAUCAACAUAUUUCAUUCGAAUAUUGAUGAAUUAAUGAGCUUCGUUGAACAAACCGUCAAAAGUGAACCGCCAAGAGAAGUUCCAAUGUCAUUGGCAGAUGAUCAAUCAAAGUACCGUGCAUUUCUGAAAUUUCCAAUCAGCGCCCAAUUUGCUCGACGACCAGAUUUUUUGCUACUCGUUUACAGCAUUUACAAAGCGUGCCAAACCAUACCGUACAUUGCCGCCAAGUUCAGCUCAUUGAAACAUCGCCGCUUUUUGAUGCAUUUAAUCGCGCAUCAUAUCCAAAUUACGAACUUUAACUCAUACCAGGUAAACAAUCAGAAAACCCAUGGUGUGGACUUUUAUCAUCAGAUCGGACUGAUGACAAAAUACUUCAGACAUUCAUGUGCGCCAAAUGUUUUGAUGACUGAACGUGAUGGAAUCUCUAUCUACACUGCAAUUCGAUCAAUUAAAAAAGGUGACGAAUUGUUCAUCUCGUAUUUUAAGUUUUUGGGGCUGCCAAAGCAUGUACGGCAGCAAGAACUGUGGAAUCAAGUGCACAUCAAAUGCAAUUGUAGCCGUUGCAUGGGUGCAGCAGCGUCAUCAGAUCAACGACAACAAUUGGCAACGGAUCCAGAUUUUCCGCUGAUUCUAUCAAGUGCUUCGAAUCUAAGCCCGUAUGCCAGCCAAAAAAUUGAAGAUACAAUUGAAAAAUGCAUUGCAUUUUUGACGAAGUACGGCCAGAUCAAAUGGUGUGACGAAAUUGGGGAAGCAGUUGAUGCCUACAUAAAAACACUGGACUGUCGAAUUCCGCGACCAUUGUUCACAUGAUUUAUUUUUUGCUUCAGAAGAAUCAGUCAUAAAAAUGUAUGCCUUAAUCAUUAAAAAUGAUCGAUGAAAAUCUACUUUCAGAAAACGUUCAUCUUUCGAAACAACGAGAAAUGUAAUUCACAGUUUAAAAAUAACUCUAAACUAAUAUCUGAAACAAUAGAUUCUACAAUCAUUAUUCCAAUUAUUUUCCACAAUAAAAUUUCUAAGACGCAUUUAUGUUAGACAAUAAGCAACAAUGAUAAAAUUAAAUAAAUAUUCGUUUCGCAAGUUUAUAAAAAAAA